UAGUUGUAUAACCGUGGUGCGCGUUGGUUUUACGAUUUAACACUUUGUGUUUAACUGAUAAAUAACCACGGGGAUACCAGCUUAAUGGGACGGUCGGCUGCCGGGUUAUUAUUUAUUUAUAUUUUGCCUCUAUGCCUGCUCUUUGCCUCCCUGCUCUGCUCUGUGAUAGGCCUCUGACUGAUGAACCUGUUACUGCCCGUCAAUCAAACAUUGAGCGGCAACGGUGGUUUUACUUAACAUCCAAAGCUUGAUUUUGUGCCUUUUCACCAAAGCAAUGGCAUGUGGGCAGCGAGUUCGAACCUCACAGGAAACUCAGCUGGCGCCUAAUCAGGUUCUGACAGAGCAGCAGUCCUUGGUCGUUGUAAAGAAGCUUUUGGCCAUCGCGGUGUCCAGCAUCACUUACCUAAGGGGUGUUUUCCCAGGGAGAGCCUAUGGGAGCAAAUAUGUGGAAGAUCAACAAGUUAUGGUCCUUAAGGAGGAGCGCAGCUGUCCUGCGGUCAUGAAUUUGCUUCAUUGGAUGCAUGGCUGCUUUGAGGCCAUCCAGAAGAAAUAUCUGCGUACAGUUAUUAUGUCUAUUUAUACUGACCCAGAGAGUCCUCAGAAAGUGACUGAGGUUUACCAGUUUAAGAUCCAGUACACUGCAAAAGGGCCACACAUGGAUUUGGAAAGCACCACCAACAACAAGGUGUCAUCGAUGCCAUGUGGAACCACAAAGAAAGCCAGCAUCCUGAUGGUUAGGAAGCUCUACACUCUGAUACAGAGCCUUGGUCCUCUGCCAGAAAAUGUCUGCCUCUCCAUGAGGCUGACAUACUAUGAUGAUGUCACUCCUCAGGACUACCAGCCUCCAGGUUUUAAAGAGGCUGACGGUGCUGCCAUGGAAUUUGAGCAGGAGCCAGUGAAGCUGACCAUGGGUGAGGUCAACACCCCCUUCCACACCUUGAAGUUGGACAUGGCCACAGAGAGACACAGGCUUGAGGAGGUGGAGGAGAGUGUUCAGGUGACAGAGAAGUGGGUUGUAACGAUGGAGGACGAAGUCGAGAUCCUGAGUCAUGCGGCCAAAGACGUGGAGGAGGCUGACAACAAGCACACAGACCUGGAUAACACUGAGAUCCAGAGUUUUCCUGACGAGGUCCACACAGAGAUGGACACACUGGUGAGGAGAACCUCUGACAUGGAAGUGGGUCCAAAGAGGACCAGAAGUGGAAAGAUCAUCAGAUCCCCUACGCAGACAAACGUGACUGUGAAAACCAACAAGAAGAAGAUGAAAACUAUGAAGGAAAAAAUGGUUUCUCAGUAUGACAUCCCCAGCAGCCAGGAAAUGCCAUCCACCUCUGUGCCUAAGAAGAAACGCAAAUUCAGCGAGCCCAAAGAACACGUCUGACCUCUCACUCCACUGCCAACGCAGCAGCGCCACUCUAUUGAGUCAUGUUGAUGUUUUUUUCUUCAAUUUGAAGUUUCAGAUAAGUUGGUUUUGAAUUGAAGGAAUUCUGCUCCUUUUUAGAAAAAGGUUUCAGCAGCAUUUCCAGAAUGUUAUGCAACAAUAAUUUUUAAGUGUGUUACAGUUUAUCUGAUAGUCACAGUAAAAUCUGUUGAUAGAGUUCAAUAUUACACAGCAUUGUUUAUGCAGAUGUGACUUGGGAAUAAUAGCUUAUAUGUUUAGGCUAUAUAUUUUUAUUGGUUAUGUUUUAUUUGUGCCGUUCUCUCUUUGUUGAUGUUUAUAAUGGAGGACUGCAAAACUAAAUAAAAACAACAAAAUGUU